AUGAAGGGUCCAGAAACAUUGACGGCCUUUUCGGUUCCUGGAGAGUGUCUUCAAGCUCUCUUCGCAGCGAUUCAUCACAUCUCAAAUCUCGUACAGCUUUGCCGGAUCUAUGUCUUCUUGAAAGACUCAAGGGCACGCAAGCAACAGCUCGACGGAUUGGCAUUAGGACAUGCCAAUACUUCCUCUCAUACACCGUCUUCCAAUCAUCGCCAGAUUGGGUCGAAUUCUGCGCAAGCCACGCUGACACGUCCGACCUCGAGUCUUCCGACCAGUCUCAAUUCACCAACUUCGCGAAAGCUGUCCUCCACCUCCGCCGCUACCGUCUCGGAACAUUACGAUCCUGUUCGCUGGAAAAGUCACCUCGAAACCAGCAGACGCUAUGAGGCUCGACUGCGAGAAGACCAUAUUGGCCACGAGCGUAGGCUCGAAGCCAGUAGACGCCGUUCAGCUCAGCUGCGAUCAAACGAAGAUGUCUAUCGCGCUCGUCGCGAUGCUGAGAACGCAGCACGCAGGCAACGAGGUGAAGAGGAUCCCGUAUAUCGCGAGCGCAGCAAAUCAUCCAAGACCAUGCACCAUGCUCGGAUGAGGCAUCACCCGGCGUAUGUUCGAAAACGACUCAUCAGAGCCUUGUUGAUGCAGUAUCCAUGGACACGCACGGGCCUCCCUUGGAAGACAUACUCACCUGUUGUCAGCUCCGAACCGAUCGAACGUUGUUGCAGUGGAUGCAACAAGACAAGGUGCGGGGGCUCGAGGCUGUGGUGGCACAAAAAUCAUGUGGCUCCUACCCAAAGUCAUACCGGAUCUCAGAUCUUUCUUUGCCAUGGUUGCCGUUUCUCAGCAGAUGACCCGGACCGCACAAUGCCGGAGGGCUAUGAAGACUGCAAGAGCGUCAGGGACUUCUCAACCCGUAAAGAACUGCUCCAUGGUUCUCGUGGGGGUGAGGACUUUGCCAAAGCGGAGCGUUUUGUACGAGCUACUAUACUGUGGAAAUGGUGUUCAGAGUCUUGGAUUCGCGAUCUGCCUUGGAAAGUCCACCGGCCAGUCAUGUUCGACGAGAGAAUCUAUGACAAGUGCACACGUUGUGAAAACUCAAGGUUCAGGAGCUUGCGACUAUGGUGGCGAUCUUCAACUGAGACGAUCUGCAACAAUUGUCAUUCCGAGGGAGAUUGGAACGACGUGAUGCCGCAAGGUUACGAGGAUGUAAGAACGAUGAAGGAGUUGCGUGCCCGUGAGAAGCAACUGGAUGAGGAGGGACCCGGACCGGAAUCGAGAUACUCGAUCUCACCAGCUGGACAGCUCUUAACGAACAAUGAUUGGAGCCGCAAGCUUUCCAUACUAACUCAAUCUGACACCAAACCACCUGUGAGUCCUAGUGUGCUCGUCUUGAACCAUAUCAAUGAGGUCUACGGAAGAACACUUCCAACGACGUCAAAGGUCAGACAGGGUCGCCCUCUCGACAUGGUUUCUAGUUUGAGAAACGACCAUGUCUCUCCAAUUUUGAGGAGGUUUUGA